UCGUAAGAAGUGUCCAUCAGGCGUCUUGGCUGGAAGAGGUUGCGAGGUUUAAAAAGCCCGCCGAUUCUCAUCACACCCUUUUCUCCGCUCUGUGCUCGGUUGCUCCGGGGCCAGAACUGGUAGCAGGAGGUGGAGGGAGGAACCAGGAUACCGCACAAGCUGGGAAAUGGACUCAGUGACCUUUGAGGAUGUGGCUGUGAGGUUUACCCAGGAUGAGUGGCCUCUGCUGGAUCCUUCCCAAAAGAAUCUCUACAGAGAUGUGAUGCAGGAAACCAUCAGGAACCUGAAGUCUCUAGGAAUAAAAUGGAAAGACCAGAACAUUGAAGAUCAUUGCAAAGAUUCCAGGAGAAAUCUAAGAAAUCAUAUGGCAGAGAGGCUCUGUGAAUGUAAAGAUGGUCAAUGUGGAGAAACUUUCAGCCUGAUUCCAGAUGCUAUAAUGAACAAGAAGACUUUUCCUGGGGCAAAACCACGUGAAAGCCGUGUAUGUGCAGAAGGCAACAUGGAUCAUUCAUCUCUGAAUUGCUGCAUCGGAGCUGACACUGGACACAAACCAUGUAAGUGUCGGGAACAUGGAGAGAAGACACAUAAACGUAAGCAGUGUGUAAAAGCCUUCAGCUGUCUCCGCUCCUUUCAAACACAUGAAAAGCCUCACACUGGAGAGAAAGCCUAUGAUUGUAAGGAAUUGAAAAAAACCUUCAUUUCUCUCAAAACUGUUCAAAGACACAGGGUAAUGCACAGUGGAGAUGGACCUUACACAUGUAUUUGUGGGAAAGCCUUUGUUACUCUCAGUCUAAACCUCACACAUGAAAGAUCUCAUACUGGACAGAAGCCAUAUAAAUGUAAUGAAUGUGGGAAAGCCUUUGAUUGUCUCAGCCAUUUUCAUAGACAUGAAAGAACACACACUGGGGAGAAGCUGUAUCAAUGUAAGCAGUGUGGGAAAGCCUUUAAUCGUUCCAGUAAUAUCCGAGCACAUGCAAAAAUUCACACUGGAGAGAAACCGUAUGAAUGUAAGCAAUGUGGGAAAGCCUUUCAUAGUUGGAGUUCUGUUCGAAAACAUGCAAAAAUUCACACCGGAGAGAAACCAUAUGAAUGUAAGCAAUGUGGGAAAGCCUUUACUCGUCCCAGUUCAAUUCAACGACAUGCAAGAAUUCACACCGGAGAGAAACCAUAUGAAUGUAAGCAAUGUGGGAAAGCCUUUACUCGUUCCAGUUACAUUCGAACACAUGCAAGAAUUCACAGUGGAGAGAAACCCUAUGAAUGUAAGCAAUGUGGGAAAGCCUUUAUUCAGUCCAGUGCCUUUCAAACACAUAUAAGAAUUCACACUGGAGAGAAACCUUAUCAGUGUAAGCAAUGUGGGAAAGGCUUUAGUUUACCCAGUAACGUUAGAAUACAUGCAAGAAUUCACACUGGAGAGAAACCCUAUGAAUGUAAGCAGUGUGGGAAAGCCUUUUCUUCUCUCAGUUCCUUUCGGUAUCAUGAAAGGACUCAACACUGGAGAGAAACCCUGUGAAUGUAAGCAAUGUGGAAAAGGCUUUCUUCAAUCCGGUUCCAUUCAAAAGCAUGCAAUAAUUCACACUGGAGAGCAAUCCUAUGAAUAUAAGUAAUCUGGGAAAGCCUUUAGUUGUUUCAGUUCCAUCUGAACACAGUCAAGAAUUCACAUUGGAGAGAAACCCUGUGAAUGUAAGCAAUGUGGGGAAACCUUUAGUUGUUCCUGUUCCAUUGGAACACAUGCAAGAAUUGACAUUGGAGAGUAACUAUAUGUAUGUAAGCAAUGUGGGAAAGCCUUUAGUCUCAGUUCCAUUCAAACACAUUAAGAAUUCACAGUGGAGAGAAACCCUACGAAUGACAGCAAUGUGGGAAAGCCUUCACAUAUUUCGGUUCACUUCAAGUGCAUAAAAGAAUUCACACUGGAGAGAAGCCAUAUGAAUAUAAAACCUCUGGGAAAGCCUUCAGUCAUAUCACUUCCUUUCACAGACAUAAAAUUGUCCACACUGCAGAGGAACCUUAUGAAUAUAAAUGUGCAAAAGCCUUCAGUUAUCACAAUGCUUUUCACAGACAUAAAAUUACCCAUACUGCAGAGAAACUUUGAAUGUAAGGAAUGUGGGAAAGCCUUCUGUUAUCACAGUUCCCUUCAAAGAUAUGAAAGGCCUGACAGUGGAGAAAAGUUUUAUAAAAAGUGUAGGCCAGCACUGUAUCACUUCUGUAAUCCC